UAUCAAGUCGAUUGUUUUAGAUACGAGCUACGCGUCGUUCCACUAAAGUCAAAAAUAGUCACGUGGCUAGAUUAGGUUAGAUUAAAUUUCCGUCAUGCGGCGAUACUGCUGUCACUAGUGUCAUUGCAUCAUAGAAAUGACGUGUUUUUAGGUUAGGUUUAGAUCGCUGUUACGAUCGCGUCAAGCCGGCACGUGUCACGACGUUGAGAUCUAACGUGCCUUUGAUCGUUCUCGGCACACGGAUGCGAAUUGACGCACAUGAGGAACGGCAGCAGGGAGACCAUGUCAUAUCUACGUGACUGGCGACAAGCGUUGCGUGCACCAUACGUUUACCGAGUGGCAAACAGCACCUUCCGCAUUCAGGGCCAGUUCUUGGCACUGAUCCUCCUCAUUCUGAGCGUGCCGAUUUUCUUUCUCGCGUAUCCAUUGUUGCAUGGUAUCAUGUGUUCGCCACCGAACCAGAAUCUGUCCCAGUGUCGCUACUACAAGUAUAACCGAACAUACCCUACCUCGACGCCCAUUAGAACCUCCAAGGGCAUUACCUAUCGAAUAGCGAUAGUGAGUGAUCUUGAUCAUGAUUCAAAGCUCGCAGAUAAAAAAGACAUGUGGCAUAGCCUUAUGAGAACUGGUAAUCUCUAUUGGAAUCCCAUCAGCAAUUUUCUAUCUGUUAUCUGGGAUGACAGAACUACCGUAUUGUCCUCGUCGUUGUCUAUGAAGGGACGUGGAAUGGAAUUGUCGGAAUUAGUGACUUUCGACGGUCGUCUAUUAUCCUUUGAUGAUCGUACAGGGAUGAUAUAUUUCAUUGAAGGUGAUCAGGUUUACCCCUGGGUUAUUUUAAUGGAUGGCAAUGGUAAAAAUCACAAAGGUUUUAAAUCUGAAUGGGCAACUAUCAAAGAUGAACAGCUGUACGUUGGCAGCAUGGGAAAGGAAUGGACUACACCAUCUGGUGAAUUUGAACAUAAUAAUCCAUUAUGGAUAAAAGUAGUAUCACCACGUGGCGAGACACAUUCUCUCAAUUGGAUCUCUUACUACAAACGAUUAAGGCAAGCGAUUAACAUCGAAUAUCCAGGUUACAUGAUACAUGAAUCUGGAGCUUGGAGCGAUAUACAUAAAAGUUGGUUCUUUUUGCCUAGAAGAUGUUCUCAUGAACGUUACAAUGAAACACGGGACGAAACAAUGAGCUGUAAUGUUAUGCUAACUGCGGAUGAAAAUUUUGUUGAUAUUAAAGUUACUCAUGUCGGAGAUCUAAUCCCAAUUAGAGGUUUUUCCAGUUUCAAGUUCCUUCCUGGUUCGCAAGAUUCUAUUAUAAUAGCUUUAAAGACUGAGGAAUAUCAAGGGCGCACCGCUACAUAUAUUAUGGCAUUUACAAUAGACGGAACGAUAAUAAUGUCUGAAAAUAAAAUAAUGGAUAAAAAAUUUGAAGGACUAGAAUUUAUAUGACAAUUAGAAAUAGUU